AUGAAAUGGAUCCAUGCUUUCGAAAGCAAUUCAAAGAUGUAACAACUUUCAGUAACAAAGCGAGUUUAUUAGCCAAACUGACUUUUAAUCAAAGUCCGUACGCGCUUCCCUCUUUCCCUACCACAUUUUUAUAUCUCGUCCGUGUCGUCAUCUGCAGUUUUAUGCCUCGUAAUAAACGCAAAUGACAGAACACAAGUGUGCGUAUCAGAUGCACCUCAAACGAUUUUAUUGCCCAUUUAUGACUGAAAGCUCAAAGAGUGCGACACUGUGUAAUAAAUCGGGAAUUUUAUGAGAAAUAGGAAGAGAGACAAGGUAUUUAUGUCUUUAAAACCAUAAUUUUGCUCUUACUCAACGGUUUCCUGGUUUCUAAAAAUAUAUUCUGAACUUUUAAAAAUUCCAGAGAAGUUCGUUUUUGCUUAUUGUCUAUCCUAAAUUUUAUAAAUUGUAGGUCGAUAGAUACCCACAAAUAUGGUAGUGUAAUGUUCACACCUACAUCUUCCCGUUCAUCAGACGAUACAUCAUAUCAGACGAUACAUCAUAAAUUCCUUGUCAUAUGUUGGUUUCUGCCGCCUGUCAAAAGACGCCCGCUGCUGUCAUCCUACAACCGAUUCGCUUGCCCCUCCUACUUUCUUUUGAAAGUGCCGAUAACACUGGCCGACCCCGCCCACACCAGACUUUAAUUUUGUUGCGGGUGUGAAGGUGUCUAAGAGAAAAACAGUGACUUCUGAAAACUCUUCUGAAAUUAUAUAAACAAUGGUUUCAACGCAUUCAUCUUCCCUUUACAUCACUGAUUUUUCACCAAAAGCGGUCAGUUUUCGAGAAGUCAACCGGUUUUCAGAUCCAGACUUUUUAAUUCCAUUUUUUUCCCUCAAUUUCUCCAAUCUCGGUAAAAGCCCGCAACUUUCACGCAAAAGUAAGGGCUCACGCAACUUUUACGCAAAAGUAGGCAGCCUCGCAAAGUUUGCACAAACUUUAAAAACUCCGCAAAGUUUGCGCAAAAGAAGGGAAUCGUUCGAAAUUUUUUGCGUCAUGCAGCAUACCUGCAGUAAUUUUUCAUGUUUUUCUCACGUUAUACGCGUAAUUUUUACAUUGUUCUCGCUUAUUUACUGGUUUUUCGAUUGUAAAGUGCAUCUAAAUAGAAUGUCUUCUUUUUCUAGACGGGUUGACAAACGAUUUUGUCUGUUCGGAUUCGAAGUCGACUAAUAUCCGGUGUGGCAGAAAGAUCUAUUCUAGGGAUAACUUUUCAUUGCUUUCAGAUUUUGGUCUUGACGCCAGCAAGGCAUAUCUUCCUGAAGAUUUACUUUUCGGUCCAUUCGACACCAACCACCCGUUCGUUCAAGCAUCUCAUAACGUACUUAUAUUGAAAGUUUUAGGUUCUUGGAAACCAUUCCCUUAGAAGACAGAGAACAAGAAGCGUGCAGAAGACGGGCGUACCGGGAGACAAUCAACCCCGAAGUUCAUUUUGCGAUUGCUCAAUCGCUGUAAGUAUUGCUUUUCUUUUGACUGCUCUAAUAAGAAAUUCAACAGGCGUAACCUUCGAACGCACCACCUCGAUGUCGAGUCAGGAGAACUUGUCCCAUGCACGGUGAGUACUUUCUUUCGAAUGGAAAAUUGUAAUGAUAGGUUUCAGGGAAGACUGAACUGCGUGGAUCACAUCCGUUGGGACGCGGCGAAACGCUAUCGCAAGAGCUGCAGGUUCAAACGAAUCAACGACGAAAUUUCGGACGCGCACAUGCUGUGGAGAAAGUACGGCUGCGUGCAAUCAUUUCUUCAUAAGUUAAUAAUUUCAGACUGAACGAAGAGUGCGUGGAGCAAAGAGAGGCAGAAUUUGAGGAAGAACUGGAUGCUGAGGGCCAAUCACCGAGCAAUGACUACAUUAAUCACAUAUUCCAGAACGGAGAAGAUUAA